GAUCAUCAAGAGACUGGCCACAAAUUAUGAUCUUUAAUAAUGCCGGUAUGUUUUCAGAUUCGAAAGAGAAGAAUCCUGACUUCUAUAACUGGAACAUGGCACAAGUUCAAUAUUGUGAUGGAGCUUCCUUUGCUGGCUAUGUUGAAAAACCAGUUAAUGUGCAUGGAACAGAUCUAUACUUCCGUGGUUUCAAAAUACUUCAAGCAAUCAUACAUUUGUUAAUGAGUAAAGGAAUGAAAAAUGCACAAGAGUUUAUACUAACUGGAUGUUCAGCUGGUGGAUUAGCUACAUAUCUCCAUGCUGACUACAUCAGAUCAUUGUUUCCUCCUUCUGUGAAGUACAGAGCUAUAUCUGAUGCAGGAUAUUUUAUUGAUGCUCCUAAUAAACAUGGCUUCAAGUAUAUGAGAUACUUGUUUAAAAAUGUAUUUUAUCUACAAAACUGUUCUGGUGGGGUUGAUCAAGAUUGCAUUGCUGCCUAUGAAUCAACCCAUGAAACUUGGAAGUGCUUCAUGGCUCAGUACACAUAUCGUUAUAUAUCAUCUCCUAUUUUCACACUGAACUCAAUGAAUGACAUUUGGCAACUGAAAAACAUAUUGGGUAUUAAAUGCUUGCCACCAAAAUGCACAGAGAGUGAUAUGAAGCACUUCUAUAAUUUCGUUGAAAAUUUUAACAAGGCUUCUGAGCCUAUAUUUUCAUCAGCAAAAGAUGGGGCAUUUCUUGAUUCCUGUUUAAUACAUUGUCAAGCACUUAUUUCGAUUCCAUGGAGAGAUUUUUUUGUUAAAGGUCAAUCUGCUUCUACUACAUUUAGUAACUGGUAUUUUAACAGAGAUGGAUUGAAGAGUGUAAAAGAUUGUAAAUAUCCAUGUAAUAAGUCAUGCAAAUCUAUUGUAUAAAAUGAGCAAUAAUAAUUAUUUAUUGAUACAGAUUUACAAUAAAUAUAAAAUUAAAAGCCAAAAUUCUUAACCCUUA